CAUUAUAAAAUUGGGGGGAAAAAUCAAUCCACUUCGUAUCUGUUCAUUUCCGUCCAUUUCAUUUGCGUUUGGUUCCCUCGAACUCAAGUUCCGUCUCUCGUGAAAGCUUGGAAAUGGCUACUCAAAUCUCGUUUUUCCAGUUGAAUACCGGGGCUAAGAUCCCCUCCGUUGGGCUCGGAACUUGGCAGGCACCCGAAGGUCUCGUCGCUAACGCCGUUGCCGCCGCCGUCAAGAUCGGGUAUCGUCAUAUUGAUUGUGCUCAAAUCUAUGGCAACGAGAAGGAGAUUGGUUCAGUUCUCCAAAAACUUUUUCAGGAUAAUGUGGUUAAGCGUGAAGAUUUGUGGAUCACUUCGAAACUCUGGUGUACUGAUCAUGCUCCAGAAGAUGUUCCUGCAGCACUUGACAGAACUCUGAGAGACUUGCAGCUUGAUUAUGUUGAUCUAUACCUUAUCCAUUGGCCAGUUCGGAUGAAAAAGGGAUCGACUGGCUUUACCCCUGAAAAUCUUGUGGCGCCAGACUUACCGGGCACAUGGAGAGCCAUGGAAGCACUCUUUGAUUCUGGAAAAGCCCGAGCUAUUGGUGUAAGCAAUUUCUCUAGCAAGAAACUUGCAGAUCUACUGGAGGUUGCUCGUGUUCCUCCUGCUGUCAAUCAGGUGGAGUGUCACCCAUCAUGGCAGCAGGACAAAUUACAUGAAUUCUGUAAAUCAAAAGGAGUUCAUCUAUCUGGAUACUCUCCAUUGGGUUCACCUGGGACAACUUGGCUCAAGAGUGAUGUUCUCCAGAGCCCAAUUCUUAAAGAGAUUGCUGAUAAACUUGGCAAGACUCCUGCACAAGUUGCUCUUCGCUGGGGACUACAAAAGGGUCAUAGCGUGCUUCCAAAAAGUACUACCGAGUCAAGGAUCAAAGAGAACUUAGAUGUUUCCGAUUGGUCCAUACCUGAAGAUUUGAUGGCCAAGUUUUCUAAGUUUGAUCAGGCAAGGCUACUCAGAGGAACCUUUGCCGCGAAUGAGAAUUAUGUCUACCGAACUGUUGAGGAUUUAUGGGAUGGAGAGAUCUAAAGCUGUCAGCUCUAUCAUUUAGAGGGUAAGUAGAUAACCCGUAUCGCCGACGGUUGAAAGAAAAUAAUUGAAGUUUGAAUAUUCUCCUGUGGGGAUUUGAAGUUGUUUCAUUCCAAAUCUGGUUGUAUUCUCUAGUUAUUGGGUUCUUCUCCUUGUACAUUGUGCUCUAGUUUUAGAGUCUGUAUGGAGAGAUGAGAUGCCUUAAAAUUUUUGAGUACACUAAAGCAUUUUCAAC